AUGACAGCCUUCGCGGGAGGGUUCGGAAACGACACGUCAAAACGCGCAGCCAAGCAAAACAAAAAUUCCAGACGUCCGAAACGAGGAUUGAGUGACUUGGCUCCUCCAGUUGCAAGUACCGAAUCCAUGUCAGUCCAGCUCGAUAAAUGGGGGCUUCCUCCGCCAACCGCGGAAGACAUUUUCCCUGCUUUGCCUCCCGGAACUGAGCUGAUACCUGCUAGGAAAUCGAGCACAGAACACACUUUGACCGAAAUCCGGAAGGCUCUGAAAGAUCACUUCCCUCUGACGCUCGAUCGUUUUGAUGACAACGGGGUAGAAACGAGCACACUCGACGGCCGCGAACCCAUGCGAUUGCGAAUGUUGCAUCAGUCACCUCCAGUGAUUGCUAUUGAUCACUUCUUAACCCCCGAUGAAUGCCUAAACGUUGAGCACGCUGCGAUGCCGCCUUCUUCAACGCCAAAACACACAGAAGGGGAAUACCACAACGAGGCCGUUCGGGUAAAUUCGGCCACUUUUUCGCCUUUGGCUCAGUCUAAACGCACUUCUACGUCCUGGUUUUGCUAUUAUUCUCAAGUACCAACGUUGCUGGCGAAAGCACAUCAUGUGUUGGGCAUCUUGUUCCCACAAAUGGAAGAACCGCAAAUUGUUCGGUACAAAACGGGCGAGGAGUUCUCGUGGCACUACGACGAAGUUCCAACUCAACAGCUUGGGAACGGCGGACAGCGACUGGCUACGCUUCUGGUAUAUCUUAACACAGUUGAAAGAGGCGGUGGUACAGUUUUUAGAGACUUACGGACCCCGGACGGAUCUCUUUUGACGAUGCAACCAGUACAAGGGUCGGCUCUUAUGUUUUUUCCCGCCUAUGCCGACGGCCGACCCGACGAUCGAACCUUACAUAAGGGCGAAAUGGCCGCGGAUGAGAAAAGAAUAGUGCAAAUGUGGAUCCAUGAGCGACCUUACACGGCUGCCGUACCGAUGGGGAACUCUCAGGAAGCUGCUAUAGAAGCAAUUGUACGAGCCAGUCGAGAUCUGUGCUACUCUCCUUAA